CAGCAGCCGGGGCAGCCGGAUCGCGGCGGCGGCUGCUGCUGCUGCUGCGCGAAGGGAGCGUGGAGCGGAGGGAUGUGGGGCUUUGGGAGAGGCAGGAUCUUCGGGAUCUUCUCUGCUCCCGUCCUGGUGGCCGUGGUCUGCUGCGCCCAGAGUGUGAACGAUCCCGGCAACAUGUCCUUCGUGAAAGAAACUGUGGAUAAAUUGUUGAAGGGCUACGACAUCCGCCUCCGGCCGGAUUUCGGAGGUCCGCCCGUCUGUGUGGGGAUGAACAUCGACAUCGCCAGCAUAGACAUGGUUUCCGAAGUCAACAUGGAUUACACUUUGACUAUGUAUUUUCAACAGUACUGGAGAGAUAAGAGGCUGGCUUAUGCUGGCAUACCUCUCAACCUCACGCUUGAUAACCGAGUGGCAGAUCAGCUUUGGGUGCCUGACACUUACUUCUUGAACGACAAGAAAUCCUUUGUGCACGGCGUUACUGUGAAGAAUCGAAUGAUUCGCCUCCACCCGGACGGAACGGUGCUCUACGGCCUCAGAAUCACAACCACUGCAGCAUGUAUGAUGGACUUGAGAAGAUACCCACUGGAUGAACAAAACUGUACUCUGGAAAUAGAAAGCUAUGGCUACACAACUGAUGACAUAGAGUUCUACUGGAGAGGUGGAGAUAACGCCGUCACUGGCGUGGAGAGGAUUGAACUUCCUCAGUUCUCUAUCGUGGAAUACAGACUGGUGUCAAAGAAUGUUGUCUUUGCCACAGGUGCCUAUCCAAGACUUUCAUUGAGCUUCAGGUUGAAGAGAAAUAUUGGCUACUUCAUUCUUCAAACCUAUAUGCCCUCCAUACUGAUUACCAUUUUAUCAUGGGUGUCAUUCUGGAUCAAUUAUGAUGCAUCAGCAGCAAGAGUUGCCCUUGGAAUUACGACUGUGCUGACUAUGACAACAAUCAACACUCACCUGCGAGAGACUUUGCCUAAAAUUCCGUAUGUUAAAGCCAUUGACAUGUAUCUCAUGGGCUGCUUUGUGUUUGUCUUCUUGGCCUUACUUGAAUAUGCCUUUGUCAACUACAUUUUCUUUGGAAAAGGCCCUCAAAGGCAGAAGAAACUUGCAGAAAAAACAACAAAGGCAAACAACGAUCGCUCAAGGUUUGAAAGCAGUCGGGUGGACACCCAUGGAAACAUUCUGCUAACAUCGCUUGAAAUUCACAAUGAGGUGGCAAGCAACGAGGUCACCACCAGCGUUACAGAAGCCCGAAAUUCAACGAUAUCCUUUGACAACUCAGGAAUCCAGUACAGAAAGCAAAGCUCACAUCGUGAAAGCCUUGGAAGGCGUCCCUCAGAAAGAACAGGCUCCCAUAGCAAGAGGGGCCAUUUACGAAGAAGGUCUUCGCAACUGAAAAUAAAAAUCCCUGAUCUAACAGAUGUGAAUGCCAUCGACAGAUGGUCAAGAAUGGUGUUUCCAUUCACAUUUUCUCUUUUCAAUUUAAUUUACUGGCUAUACUAUGUUAACUGAGUGACUUAGUUUUUUUAAAGGACUUCAACUAUAACAAGUGAAGUAUUACUUGCCUGCAGAGUUUAUAUAUAUAUUUAUAUAUAUAUAUAUUUAUAUAUAAAAAAUUAUAUAUAUGAACUUUUACUAUGUAGACCAUACUCAUGUAUGUGUGAAUACAUGUAGCAAAGAACUGUGUGUACUUUAAAGCACAUACUGCAAAGCAAAAAUAUAUGUAUGCACACACACAUGAACACAUUCAUUUUGAGGUUAUGGACACUUUAACAUAGAAUGCACUUCACAGGAACUUUUUAAAUUGAAAGGCAGGUGUCAUCAAAGAAGCAAACCUUGAGAAAGUAAGUGUUGUAUAUUAUCAAUACAAAAUUUUGAUUGUCAUAGAAAUUUUUGAACAGCUGUAAUCAUGUAUAAAGUCAGUAUUUAGUAACAUCCUUUGUAAAUGCUGCCAUACACACUAACCAUAAAGCAGUAAUGUUACACUGGUAAGUUUAAAAUAAGUUAUUUAUUUUGCAGAUCCAUCAACUACCAUUUCAUCAAGCCAAAUUUAUUUUUCUUUGCUAAAUUUUUUGGGUUUAUAUAUGUCAUAAUACAUAUUUUCCCAGUCCAGGAUGGACAUAGUUUUUAAUGAUCUCUUGCUUUCUCUUCUGCAGUAAGCAAACUGAUCAUGGGA